CGUGUUUCCUUUACCCAGUAUUCAAAAUCAAAAUCACAGCUGUGCCAAAAACUUUUCAAACGGGCGAUAAAAUAACUUUAUAAUUUUGUUCAAAAUUUUGAGUUGUGCAGAAUAUUAGAUAGGGAGAUUUCAUUGACUGAAGAAACAAUUUCUAGUUCACCAUGGCGGAUCCAGAUAUUUCGGAGAUUGAAGAGACUGUGGCCCCACCCAUAGGCGGCGAUAUAAACUUCGACUUGAACAACCAGCGAUUAGAUUGCGAGCAUUUGGAUCAAAUGACCGACAAUUGGACCGAUACGCAAAGACCCUCAUUCGUCACCGCACUGCUUCGAUUUUUUGGCAAUGUCUUUGUCGAUAUAUUCAACGCAAUUUUCAGCUGAAGAGCAGUACCAAGAUCCAUGUGGGACAUAUUCUCAGGAAAGCAGUUUAUGAAAUUCAGGGUAUUUACCAAAUUGCAAAUAAAAUCGUUUAGUAUUCGA